GCCACUGGACACACAGCCACCCUGCUUCUGUGCCCACCUGCUGGGCGAAGGUCUGCCUCCCCGGAUAAAGCAGCAUGUCCAACAACAUGGCCAAGAUUGCAGAGGCUCGCAAGACGGUGGAGCAGCUGAAAUUGGAAGUCAACAUUGAUCGUAUGAAGGUGUCCAAGGCAGCGGCCGACCUCCUGGCAUACUGUGAAGCCCAUGCCAAGGAGGAUCCUCUGGUCACCCCGGUGACCGCUUCCGAGAACCCUUUCCGCGAGAAACGGCUGUUCUGUAUCGUGCUGUGAGCCAAGGUGGUGGGCGAUGGACCCAGCCAGUGUAUGUAUCAGGACUGUCUCCUUCAUGCUGAAUGUGCAGCCCUGUAUAACAAGUGGAACAGCCUGGCUUUCACCGAUAAAAAGCAAGCCACUAGUCCUCAUCGUUACUGAGAUGCAGUUGCUUGGAAAAUAAACCACAAAUAAUUCCACGUGAAUUUCCUUGACCCGGUUUACUCUAAUAAACGUUUAGUCAUUUCUUUCCA